AUGCUUUGGCGUAUCAAAAAAGGUGAUAUUUGUUCUAUAUCCAGUAGAUCAAAUGAUUGUGGAUAUUUUGGUAUAACAGAAUUAGAAUGCGUGUCUAGAAAUUGUUGCUGGAGGCCAACAAACGAAGAAAAUGCUAAUUGGUGUUUCUAUAAGGAUGGAAGUCAUUACACAUGUAGCGUUGAUAAAUUUGAUAGAGCACCUUGUGGUUUUGAAGGAAUUGAUAAAUAUUAUUGUAACAAUAUACUUAAUUGUUAUUCAAAGUAUUUAAAAGUGAUUGUAGAACAUCAGACAAAAGAUAGAUUACGUGUGAAAAUAUUUGAUCCAUAUGAUGCAAGAUUUGAAAUACCAGAUAAUAUUGUACCGAUUCCAGAUAUUGAAUUGAAUUCAGAACAAAAACAAGAUAUCAACUACAAUUUCACAUUUACCAAAGAUCCAUUUACUUUUUCAAUUUAUCGUAUUAAUAAUAAUGGUGAUGCCGAGAAAAUAAUUGAUACAAAUGUCAAAAAUAUGAAUACUCUUGUAUUCGAAGAUCAAUUUAUGGAAAUGUCAUUUGAAUUACCAGACGAUCCAUUUAUAUAUGGAUUAGGUGAAAUUGUUUAUGCUUUACGAAGAAAUCCAAAUGGAACUUCACAAACUAUUUGGACAAGAGAUGCUCCUACUCCGAUCGAUCAAAAUGUUUAUGGUGCUCAUCCAUUUUACUUAGAGAUGAGAAAUGGUAAAGCUCACGGAGUGUUUUUAAGAAAUUCAAAUGGAAUGGAUGUUAAAAUUUUACCUGGAAAUCCUGCAAAAUUAACUUGGAGAGUAAUUGGUGGAGUAUUUGAUUUUGUUGUAUUUCUUGGACCAUCACCUAUGGAUGUAAUAGCACAAUAUACAGAUGUCAUAGGUAGAAGUGAGCUUCCGCCAUAUUGGAGUUUGGGAUAUCAUCAAUCUAGAUGGGGAUACAACAAUUUGUCGGUUUUAUCAGAUGUUGUUUCAAGAUUUCGUAAAGAAAAUAUCCCACUAGAAACAAUUUGGACUGAUCUUGACUAUAUGGAAGGUCGUAAAAUAUUUACUUGGGAUAAAUAUAAUUAUCCCAAAGAUCAAGUAAAAAAAUUUAUUGAUGAAUUACAUAGAAACGAGCAACAUUAUGUUGUGAUAGUUGAUCCUGGUUUAAAGAUUGAAGAUGGUUAUGAACCAUAUGAUGAUGGUGUUAAAAGAAAUAUUUUCAUCAAAAAUUCAGAUCUUGAUAACGUUGUUGGAAGAGUAUGGCCUGGUUUGACAGUAUUUCCUGACUGGUUCAACAAUGAAACAGAAAUUUACUGGGGAGAUAUGAUUGAGAAAUGGUUGGAUGGCAUUAAAUUAGAUGGGCAAGUUAAAAAUUGA